AUGCCGCCCCGCCAACUCUCCGCGCUCUUCACCUCCCUAAGCCGCGACUCGCGCCGCUGGUCCCUAACCCGAAUCCUCCACAGCAACAAUCCCAUGGACAUACAAGGUGAAUUACUCGGAACAGCCAUCUUCAAGCCCCUAGGACAGGGUACGAGUACCGGUGUGGAUCGCGACAUGGUAUACCGGGAGGAAGGAGAGAUGCCGAGUACAGUGGGGAUGGGAAUGGCGGGGCUGCGCUGGUCCAAGAAGUAUAUUUGGCGGUUGAGUGAGGGGGGGAAGAUGAGUGUUUGGUUUGUGAAGGUUGGGGGUGGUUCGAAGGGGAGUGGUGAGGAAGAGGCGGAUUAUCUGUUUCAUGAGUUUGAUUUCAAGAACGAGACUGCGGGGGAUUCGGAUCCGGUGGCCGGGGAGGAGGUGUUCGUCACUGCGCCGGUGCCGCCUGCAGUAGCUGGUGAUACUGCAGUUCUGGCUGCACGUGGUAAUCAUCUCUGCAUAAACGAUAUGUAUCGCACCGCAUAUGCGUUUCGAAUCCGUCCGGAGAGCGGGGAGGUGCUGAGCUGGUCUAGUCGACAUGUAGUCAAGGGGCCGAAGAAGGAUCAGGAUAUUGUGAAUGUCUACGACUCGAUUUGA